UUCAGUGUGUCUGACGGCCCGUGAAUGCAGCAUCACACCCUAAUUUUUCCCAACAUCCGGGACCUUUGAAGCCGCUAGUGUGUGUGGAAACUGGGUGAGGAGGGCAGUGGAGAGCGGUGGAAAGGCGGACUGAUGACAGCUGUCAGUGUGGACAAAAACACUACUAAUCUCUGACGAGAAGCCGAAUGGCUCGCCCCUAAACCUCCAGGAGAAAAGGGACAACUCCUUGGCAGUAUCGCGGGUUAUUUAAAGGUGUCGCGAAGGUGAAAACACACAGUUCUGUGUAUCUUCUGGACUUACACAUCAUCGCUGGAGCUACAGUUGCAGGCAACAUGGGGACACAAGGCUCUGGUAGAAAGCGUGCUCCACUGAAAGACCGCUUCUCAGCAGAAGAUGAAGCCUUGAGUAGCAUAGCCCGGGAGGCGGAGGCGAGGCUUGCAGCGAAGCGGGCGGCUCGGGCCGAGGCCAGGGAUAUUCGAAUGAGGGAGCUUGAACGGCAGCAAAAAGAGCGUUCUUACCACACGUCAUCCAGCAGUAGCAACAAAAAAUGGGGUCAGAUCCACCAGUGGAUGGCUGACUCAGACAAAGCCAGAGGCAGUAGUAGUAGUAUAUCCAGCAGCAGUCAUCGCCGGGGGCUGGAUGAUGAUGUCAUGUCGGUCCGCAGCUACAGGUCAACCUCAUCAUCAGUACGGGACGUUGGGUCAAAGAGUCGAUCCAGUUCCCUUAGAAGAGAUCCGUUGUCUGAUGCCCUCUCCACUAGCUCCGCCCUCAAGACUUCCCGCUCCACUAGUUCUGUGUACAAUGACCUGCACGACCAUAAAAGGUCUUCAUCCAGCUCCUCGAGGAAGGACCUCCUGGCUGGACUUUACCACGAUCAAAGGAACUACACCAGCCUCACGAAGACCAAACCAACGCCUCCUUCCUCCACCUCCACUUCCACCUAUACUCCUCGGGCCGCCACUUCCUCCUCCUCCACCACUGGCACGGCGCUGCCUCGUAGCUACAGCAUGGCCUCUAUUGGCGACGACGCCGGCCUUUACGGCUCGGGGCAAAGUUCAAGAGCCCCCUCUGAAUUGAGCUGGUACUCCUCUGGAGCCGGCUCCACCCGCAGCAGCCCUGCGUCUUCUUCAGAUGAUGACACUGUCAGCAGCGUGUCCCAGGAGCGCGUCAACCGAGGCCGCAGGGACAGUGUGUCGUCUGACUUCUCCGACAUUAGUGAGUCGGCUGCUGAUUAUUUCAGCCGCACCAACCGAAGAGGCAGUAUUGUGUCUGACCUCGAUGAUUUGAGCAUUCCAGAUCUUGACAGUCUGGAUGAAAAAUGUGACAAGCAGUAUUCAGAUUUUAGUCGGCCAUCUUCCCGAUGCGCCACCCCAGGCCUCUCAGUGGCCACGUUGGCGUCGCUGGGCGGCUCGUCGUCACGGCGGGGCAGCACGGACACAGGGAGCAUCUAUGACGCCGACACCAGUCUGAGUGAACUUAGGGAUAUCUAUGAACUUAAGGACCAGAUUCAGGAUGUAGAAGGGCGGUACAUGCAAGGGCUUAAAGAGCUGAAGGAGUCACUUGCAGAGGUGGAGGAGAAGUAUAAGAAAGCCAUGGUAUCGAACGCACAGCUGGACAACGACAAAGGCAACUUCAUCUACCAGGUGGACACACUAAAGGACGUCAUCGAGGAGAUGGAGGAACAAAUGUCCGAGAUGAAGAGGGAGCUGGAAGACAAGUCAAAGGACCUAGAAAGACAAAAGCACACGUGUACGGUCCUGCAGCAUAAACAGGACGAGCUGAAAGAGGGAAUCCGCCAGAGAGAUGAGCUUAUAGAGGAGAGCCAGCGAAUGCAGACUAAGUUAGACGCCCUCACCAGAGAGGUGUUUGACCUGCAGGAAACCAUAAACUGGAAGGACAAAAAGAUCGGGGCCCUAGAGAGGCAGAAAGAGUACUUUGAUUGCAUUAGGAGUGAGAGAGACGAGCUCAGAGAUGAGCUUUCUGACAUCAAGGGGAAGGCCAAAGCAGGAGAGAAACACGGGCUGGUCAUCAUCCCCGACGGAACACCCAAUGGAGAUGUGAACCACGAGCCUCUGUCCUCGGGGAUCACGGUGGUCUCCCAGGAGGCCGCGCAGGUGCUGGAGUCUGCCGGGGAGGGUCCUUUGGAUGUCAGGCUACGUAAGUUGGCGGAGGAGAAAGAUGAACUGUUGGCUCAGAUCAGGAAGCUGAAGAACCAGCUGGAGGAGGAGAGGCAGAAACACUCAAAGAUGGACAGCGCAUACACAGACGGAGAGAGGAUGGAGAACGGUACAGACCUGCACAUCAUCGAGAUGCAGAGAGAUUCCAACAGACAGAUGAGUGAAUACAAAUUCAAGCUUUCUAAAGCAGAACAGGAAUUAGGAACAAUGGAACAAAAUAUAAACAGACUUGAAGGGCAAGUGUCCAGGUACAAGGCAUCAGCAGAUAGUUCAGAGAAAGUAGAAGACGAACUAAAAACAGAAAAACGGCGACUUCAACGAGAGCUGCGCAUGGCUCUGGAUAAGAACGAGGAGAUGGAGAUGACCAACAACCACCUAGUGAAGCGUCUGGAGAAGAUGAAGGCCAACAGGAACGCCCUCCUGUCGCAGCAGUGAGGCAAGGCAGCGUCACCACAGAAGCCCUUAAACUCGCACCUCAGACCUCUGACUGCCAUAUUGUGUCUGGAGCACAUUUCCAUUUUUAGCUGUAACACUUUUGAGAUUUGUAGCUAACCAAAAACACUUUAAAAACGAAAAACAAGGUGUAGCACAGGCGACAAACGGAACUGUCUUCUCUUUUUUUUUUUUUUAACGGAAGCGUUGGUUUUGCCUGGCAAGCCGCCGCUGCUUUGGGAGGAAUGACUCAGAAACAAACUAAUAAAACUAUUAAGUUGCUGGGAGAUACAUCCGAGGGAAUCUCUAAUCACUACUUAAUGUUCAGAGCUUUGUACUGCAUCUUGUUAUCCACAGAUCUUCACUCUCUGGCUGGGUGCUUGGCUGUACUCUUUGUUUGUUUUUGAUAAGUUGCAUGAAUGAAUAUUAUGAUGCUUUUUAAACUUUUCAACUCUCACGGCUGCUCCGCCCCGCCGCACCUUCCCGGCUUCCCCUCACAGUGAAGUGCCUUUUCACACUCGGAGAUCGGGGGUCCGCACGGCUCCACGAAUAAAAACAAUAAUCGUUUUAACAGGUACAGAAUGAUGUAUUUAAAAAAAGGUGCAGUCAUUAUUUGAAAUGUAUGUAGAACCAACUGUGUCUGCUGCGGUUUCAUUGAACAUUUUCAAAUAUUUAAAAGAUUUCUUGAGAAUAAAUGUGUAAUUUACAGAACU